AAAGAACUUUUUUUUUGUAUUUACGUUUGUUUCCUCUGCUACAUUCACACAAUGAAUUGCGGGCUUUCUACACGGUUAGUUGUGAUCACUCGCUCAUUCUCUUGGUAGUUUCAAAAUAGCUGUUUUUUUUUUUAAUAAAAUCAUUUAAGAUUCUUUAAAGCCUAAAGUCUUCAUGAGUAUCUGUGGAUUUAAUUUUAGAAUGCUGCUGAUCAUACUCGAUAUACGGUGACCAUUAUGAAGCUAUCAUCCUUUUAAUAGCUGCAUAACAGAUAUUUUUCAAUAGGGAAUUUAAGAAAGUCACUGCCCGAUUUCGACGAAGAUGUCAGGGCGAGCGUCUCAAAGUGUGUGUGUUAAAUUGAUUUUUUUGAAGCUUUUUUUUUUUUUAAAAAAAAGGUUGGAUUGGCAGGAAGACGAAUGUUGUUUUUCGAAAGGGAUCAUGCUUGAGAUGUUACACUAACUUGAACCUGUUUCUGAUCUUUUGACCAUUCUAUACUUAGGCCAUAUGCAAGUGAUCACCGAUUAACUAAGAAAAAGAGUAGUAUGAUUGCGACUCUUUCUCUUCCAAUUGAAAAUACUGAAUGGUCAUAAAGAAGAAAAUACUAUUUUGCAUCAAUACUACUUCCCAUUAAGAGAUUUAUGCUCUCUUACCAACGUUUUGAGGAACUAGAUAUAUACGAUGGAAAUUGUUUGUUUCAAAUCAUUUAUGGGUAAAACAUUCUUGACUUACUAAUUCCUUAGACAUCCGAGAGAUGGCUUGAAGGAUUCGUAGGAUGAUGAAGGCUGUUAGAAUACUCUUUAUAUGGGGAAAGGUAUGAAGCAAUUGAGUAUGACUAUAUUGAAUUGAUAUGGAAAAGGAAUAUGAAUCAAUUGUCGUGAAAACCAAAACAAGUCAAAUUGUGAAUCGAUUGAAAUAUAUAUCUUUCAACGCUUAUUUAAAGAGCUUUUGAUUUUCGGUUAACUAGUUUCGUUUGAGAAUGUCAAUUGGCCGGCCUUUCAUAUCAAAAUCACUCUUGACCAAAAACUGCUGAGCUUAUGGUACCUCUUAUGCAAACUUUUAUGCUCGUCGUUGAUAUCUAAAGAUUUUAAUAGAAUGGUUCUACCGCUUUCGUUCAUCUCAGACUUUGUUUACUCACAAUAUCGUAAAUCGGUCUCGAAAAUGAUCACCAAAUGAUUUUUUGAAAUUCCUUCUCUUACUUUACAAAAGAAAAAGCACAAAAUUAAAUUCUUUCUAGCUUUAUAACUACAUUUUCACAAUUCUUUACUCGUCUUUCUCAAUGAAAACUCGAAAAUGUCUCCGAGUAGGUCACCCAUGAAACUGGAAAAGUUGAAGCAGGUUUUCCGACUUACAUACAAUUCAUUAGAAAUUUAAAUAAUGAUUCAAUAUAAAAAAAUUCGGAUUCCCAUGCCUUAUGAAAACGACAAUUUCCAUCAUUUAACGAGAGUUUGAAUGUCACUGUAAUUCGUUAUUUCAGUUUACCAAAUGAAGUAUCAGGUUUCAAGGGUUCUGGUCGUGACUGCUUUUUUGGGCCCAAAACUAGAGGAAUAAUUCGACAACAGAGAUCCUUUGUCCACCACCAACAUGCAGAUUUUCGUCAAGACUUUGACUGGUAAGACUAUCACCCUUGAGGUGGAGUCUUCUGACACUAUUGACAACGUCAAGAGCAAAAUCCAGGACAAGGAAGGUAUCCCUCCUGACCAACAACGUUUGAUUUUCGCUGGUAAGCAAUUGGAGGAUGGCCGUACCCUUUCCGAUUACAACAUUCAAAAGGAAUCUACCCUUCAUUUGGUUCUCCGUCUUCGUGGUGGUAUCAUUGAGCCCUCUUUGAAGGCUUUGGCCAGCAAGCACAACUGCGAAAAGCAGAUCUGCCGUAAGUGCUAUGCUCGCCUUCCUCCUCGUGCCACCAACUGCCGUAAGAAAAAGUGUGGUCACACCAACCAACUCCGCCCUAAGAAGAAGCUUAAGUAAAUGCAUACAUUUGGGGUUUGUGUUCUUGCCUUCGUCUUGUCUUGUCAUUUGAAUAGCAAGUCAAAAAAUAUAUUUAAAUGGCACGGUUGUGAAAGCAUAUUCAAAAUCCAUGGUAGUGUACCAGCUCUAAAUAUAUUAGCUUAUUGAGUGGACGUAUUGACAAAAUUGUUCCUUCCGGUAUUAUUAGUAUAUAGUAAGGGAGUAAUGAUAAUUGAUUUGU